AUGGUGAGCCAUCCGGGCCAUAUCGUGGCCUCCUCGAAGCGCACAUCGAUCGAGUCUGCCGUUGAAUCUGAAACUUCCCUCCCCCGUCACUCCCGAGAGCACGGCCACCGUCGGCGCCAUGAGGAGGACUUGGAAGCUCAGAAUCCGGUCGUCGUCGAGAAUCCUCCGUCACAUGUCCGGAUCAGGGACGGGGGAGAACACCAUCACCACGAAGGAGAUGGUGCACCGCAUUCGCCGACCCUCAAUCGCAGCGAAACCGGUGUCUCCAAGUACUCGGUAAGGUCUCUGCGGAGGAGAGGUCGAGCAGGUACCACCAAUGUCUUGUAUGGGCCGGGCGAAAUGGGCAGAUCAACAGGCUGGACUCCGGGGCAAGAGCCUGGAAUUGACACGAGUGACCCAGCUCCUCCCUACAGUUUGGGUGUCGUAACGCCUGCCGAUGCUGCCCACCUGGAGAGACUGAAUCAACGGUGUGAGAUUACCGUGGUGGACUUCAGCAACGAGACGGUUUCCACCACAGAUUUGGACAACGAUAACCUCGACGAGUUUCUCCAGACGGGGCCGCCCGAAUGGGCCGACGUCCGCUGGAUCAACGUCAACGGACUUUCUUGGGACGUGAUUCGAGUGCUGGGAAACCACAAACACCUCCACCGGCUGGCCAUUGAGGAUUUGUUCAACACCAAGAAUCGCACAAAGGUCGACUGGUACAGUGACCACACCUACAUGAUCCUCCCCUUGCAGAAGCUCAUCAACAUCGAGGAGAGUGACUCUGAUUACGAUUCCGAUGCCGACGAUAAAGAGGACUCGAAAUCUGACGAGGCUGAGUCCGAAUUUCGGACCAGAAUCAUCACAGAACGCCAGCGGCGACAUCGCGAACGGAAGCGGAAAGGGGCCAUCCGCUCUUUGAUUGAAGACCUGCAAAAGCCUCUUUGGAAGAAGAACAUGAAGAAACAGACCCUCAGAUCUCCAGAUAUUUUAAGCGACGGACUCCAGCCCUCGAACAGCUUCAGACAAGCGAGCAAAGUGGAAACGCCAUGGGCGCCCAGGACCAUCCGCACCAUGCAACGCUAUCACGCCGGCCCAAAUCAAGACCGCAUCGAGUACAUGGAGCGUCACGCCGUACUUGCCCACAAGGGUUUAGGUGUCUCUAUGGAACAAGUGUCUAUCUUCCUCUGUGCGGACAAUACCGUCAUCUCCUUUUUCGAGUACUCUGCACACGAUGUACAGACCCCCAUUAUCCGCCGUUUGCAGUCCCCAGGCACAAUUCUCCGUCAGUGCUCCGACGCCAGCAUGCUCUGUCAGGCGAUCCUUGAUGCAAUCAUCGACCUUGCCCUUCCUGUGACAACGGCGUACCAAGAUGCAAUAGGGGAUUUAGAACUCGAUGUUCUUACGGAUCCGGACAUCCAUCAAUCAUCCACUUUGUACAUCUUGACAUCUGAGAUCGCCAUCCUCCGCAACGCCAUCGCUCCAGUGGUGCAGCUUAUCGGCGCCCUCAAGGACCACAAGACCAGCGCCCAGCCUGCGACGGCAACCCACUCACGCGUCGCUACUCCAGCUGCGCUCGACCAACGGACCGACCCAUUGAACAAGGCCGCGCUGAAUAAUGCCCAAAACAAUGACCUCCGAAAGCACUACAGUGCCCCGCCAUUGGUGAGCGGCGUCGAGAUCUCUCCACUCACAGUGACAUACCUGGGGGACGUCGAGGACCAUGCACUUCUCAUCCAAGACGGCUAUGACCAGAUGCGCCGCAACGCGGACAAUCUGGUCGACCUGAUCUUCAACACCGUGUCCGCGUAUCAAAACGAAUCCAUGAAGCAACUCACCAUCGUGACGUGUUUUUUCCUUCCUCUGACCUUCUUGACUGGGUAUUUUGGACAGAACUUUGCGCAUUUCGCCGGUGUGAGGGACCAUAGCGACGCCUUCUUCUGGGUCAUUGCAACGCCCGUGUCGGUGGUGGUGUUCUUGUUGUUGAUGAGGGACGUCAUGGUUCGCUGGCUCGCCCGGUGGGCGAGUAAGGCGUUGAUUGCGAGAGGGAGGAAGAGGCGGAUGGCGCAGAAUGGAGAGCAAAGUUGA